AUGAUAAGUAUAGAAAAAAAUGAUCUUGCAAACAGUGAAAAAAACCAUGUUAUUCUGGUUGGUGGUUCUCAGUUUGCCAGUCAAUCUUGUAACGAAUUGUCUCAAUAUGAAAAGUGUUCGUCAAAUUCAGCCUGUGGUUGUUUUCAUUCGACUGAUGGAAAUACUUUUUGUGGAUUUAUUUAUGUGACCUGUUCGGAAUUAGUAUCUUGUUUAGGCAAUAAUCGAACAUGUUUUCAACCGGGUACUGUUUGUGUUCAACAUCCACGAUGUCAUUCACGUCCAGUUUGUUAUCCAUCAAAAAUGGCUCAAAUCUGUCCAUCAAUUCCAACGACAACAAUGCCUUCAAUUUGUUUGCAAGCAAAAUGGUCUUCGAACGGAAUAACUGUUGCGGGUGGGAAUGGUGCAGGUGAUGCUUUGAAUCAAUUGCAAUUUCCCGUUGGAGUCGUUGUCGAUCAUAAAGACGAUUCGAUCUAUAUUUCUGAUGAAUAUAAUUCUCGUGUUAUGAAAUGGAUACCUGAUGCAAAAAGUGGAACUGUAGUUGCUGGUGGAAAUGGACGUGGAAAUGAAAGCAAUAUGUUGAAUACUGCAACACAAAUAUUUCUCGAUAAAAAAGAUGGAAGUUUAUUGAUUUGUGAUCAAGUUAAUAAACGUGUUCAACGUUGGCGAAAGAAUUCAACAAAUGGAGAAACUAUUUUUUCCAAUAUUCCAUGUGUCGGAUUGGCAAUGGAUAGUGAAGGAUCAUUUUAUGCAACGGAAUGGGAUGAUAGUCGAGUGACAAAAUGGCAUCUUGGUGACACAAAAAGUCAAAUAGUUGCUGGAGGAAAUGGAAAAGGUUCUGGACUCGAUCAAUUUGAUCAUCCAUCGUAUUUAUUUGUUGACCAAAAUCAAACAUUAUUCAUUGCUGAUCAAUGGAAUAAUCGAAUAAUUAAAUGGUUAAAAGGUGCUAAGCAAGGAAUUGUUGUUGCUGGUGACAAUGAUGAAGGUCAAAAUAUGAAUCAAUUGAUUUUUCCUACUUCAGUUAUUGUUGAUCAACUGGGUACACUCUAUAUAACAGAUACAAAUAAUAAUCGUCUUCAACGUUGGUUCAAAGAUGCAACAUCAGCUAAUGUUACUAUUGUUGGAGGAAUCGAAGAAGAAUCGGGACAUGAUCGACUGUCAUUUCCGAACGAUGUUGCAUUUGAUCGAUAUGGAAAUUUGUAUGUUGUUGAUCAUUACAAUCAUCGUGUUCAAAUGUUUAAAAUCGAUAUAUCUGAUUGUCAGAAAUCGAUCACAUGA